AUGGUAAAUUUGAAAGUUCCAAAGAGAGAAAUUUAUUGGAUAGUCAGAAAGCCAGACUUUUGGGUUCUCUUAAAGAUUGAUGAUGAUGACACUGAGAGGGAGUUCAUAUUUGGUGAGAUAAAACCACCACAUUGUUCUAACACCAUAAAUAAAAGUAUAAUUAAAUUAACAGAAUUCAUGAAAGGGUCUUUAGAUUUUAUUAUUCAUAUUUACAGCUAUGUGGUUGGAUUGGAAACGUAUGGUAUAUUAAUUUAUGAUUUAUUAAAACAAAGAAUCAUUGAUCUUGAGACUGAUAAUGUGAGGCUGAAACAGAUUAUUGAGCAGAAUGCAAAGUGUAAUGUUAGAGUUGAGGGCUAG